GGCAACCCACCGUAGACUCGCUCUCUUUACUCCAACAUGUCGAAGAGAGGACGUGGUGGUGCAUCUGGUUCCAAAUUCCGCAUCUCGCUGGGUCUCCCAGUGGGCGCUGUGGUCAACUGCGCUGACAACACAGGUGGUAAGAACCUGUUCGUCAUUGCCGUCAAAGGUGUCAAAGGUCGUCUGAACCGACUUCCAGCUGCAGGAUGUGGUGACAUGUUCGUAUCUACAGUGAAGAAGGGAAAGCCAGAACUUCGGAAAAAGGUCAUGCCGGCGGUCAUUAUACGGCAGAGAAAAGCAUUCAGGAGGAAGGAGGGCGUGGUGCUGUACUUUGAAGACAAUGCGGGGGUCAUAGUCAACGUCAAAGGAGAAAUGAAAGGCUCUGCCAUCACAGGACCCGUGGCCAAGGAAUGUGCCGACUUGUGGCCCCGUAUUGCCAGCAACUCUGGAAGUAUCGCAUAGAUUAAACAGGCGGUGGCACAGGGCAGUUCAAGUGUAUAGUUUUAUUUCUGGCAAUGGCGCAUGAUCCAAUAAACCAGGUAUUAUAAAGAAAUAAGGAA